AUGUACUUCCAAAAUAUCAUGAAAUCUUUAUACCACUGCACGAGAACUCCUGGUGCGAAAGACAAGCGUCACCGACGGCGCGACAGUGCUCCCCCGAAGGUGGGUCAAGUACAAGAUUUAGCCUACCUGGAGGCGUUGGCAAAGUUCAAUGACUGGCGAACUCAGCAACGGAACAGCGACAUUCUGCCAAAUCCAAAAACCCCAACCAGCCAAGUGAAUGCAACACUUCCGCCGCGGAUAUCACUGUUGGCGCACGGUACCAUCAAGGAGGAACCGUCCGGUGACGACGACAGCGACUGUGAUGGUGACUUCAGCUCCGACAUCGAGCUGGCCCGGGACGAGCGUAUGAUACUGAACCGCACCACCAGCCGAUUUGAAGUACCGAAAUCUCCACGAUACGCCCGGCAUCAUCGAUCGUCGACAGUGGCUCCAACAACGGGUGCGCCUGCUUCCCAACUAUCGGAUGUGGCUCCCAAGAAACCAAAGCGUUCCGUAGAAUUCUAUCGCAACAUCAACCGUAUCCCGACGGACGCAUCAUCCACGGCGUCUCAGAACUCCAACAGUCAGUGGAACAACGGAUGCAAAGCGAUCGAGAAAAAUCACACCAAUCCGACCGAUACGCGCUUGUCACUUCCGGCUGUGCUGGGUGCGGAACCACGCGAACGGCUACCGAAGCGUUCUAAGGCGACCACUCCGAAACCAAACAACACGAUCUACGAGAACGAGGUGGCGGAAUUCGAAGCUCACCACAUCAACGGUACGUUUGGGGAUUCGUACGUGGUGCAAAGCCCACCGCGACUGUUUUACAAAGCGAACGCAAGUCCGUAUAGCGACGGUACGCCGAAGAAGCAGAGCAAUCUAAAGAAUCGUUCCCGUGUGUUCAAAUACAAACCUGCACCGGCACCGCCGGUGACGAAACUAGCUGCGACACCAUCUGUCAGACUGUCCAACUGUCUACCGAAGCAACGUCAGCAAAGCGAUUCCGAUUCCCCACUGACUGGAUCCUACCGGAAGUACGAGCUAAACUCAUCCUCCGUCUACGACGAGCACGUCAUCUCUUCCCGUGCCUAUCGCGGUUCGAUGAAACCUAAAGGCGUCGACGAGACAACGCCAACACCCACCAAACAGCGGCACAAACCACUCUCCUAUCAAACGAUUGUAAACAAGCAUGGAGAUCUGGUGGACUAUGCACUACCGUUCAGCGAUAACGCGGACACGACGGCUGAAACCAAGCCGGAUCAAAAUAACAGCAAGCAUCUUACACCGGGCCAAGACACACUGGCCGAGAUUCGCAACUGUGAGCAGCUGAUCAACGAUAACUUCCAGUUUCUGCAAACGACUGCCUUUCACGAUGAGUCGAGCAGCAUCAUCACCGAACCGAUCAGUGUGCUGAAGGGCCGCUCUAGACGUAUAAUCACCGAUCUGGAUCGGUCCAAUGCGAGCACGCUGAAGGAAGGCGAGGAUGAGCUUCUCCAACAGGAUGAACAACUCGAAAUGGAGCGUGAGGAUGAGCUGUUGCAAAGCCGCCAGCAAGAGAUCGACGCACAGUUGGAGCAGCUGGCAAUGCAGGACGACCCGCAGGACAUUCUGCUGGAGUUGGAUUCGUUGCAGAAGUGGAGCAAAAGCAUCCAAAUGUCAGAUGACUUUUUGCAGACUCGCUACACGGAACGAAAUUUGCUGGAAUGUUUCCGGCGCAGCAUCGGCAGCAAUCUGUUGACGUGCUUCCCGAACGAGGUGCGCUACCGGGUGGGAAGUUUGCGGAGUGCCUUUGCCUGUCCGUUGGAAUUUUCCUGCGGUCUAUUCCGCGGCGUGGCGGUGACGUUGCGCAAGUACUCGUUGAACAUGGAACGGAGUCUUUACUUUGCAGAGGAAGCCUGUCGGCGAGAUUUUGAGGUGCUGUCGCAGGUGCGUCAUCCAACGAUGGCAACACUGAUGGCGGUAUCGUACGAUUCGGCCUUAAACCAAGCUACGCUGCUGCUGGAACCGUUCGAUUUUACCCUCUUUGAUUAUAUUCAUAAAAUGAACAAAAGACUCUCAUUGAUUCAUGCUAUUACUGUUGUCCAGCAAAUCUCUUCCGCCGUCUCCUAUCUGCAAGAGUGCGGCUACAUCCAUUCGAACAUAUCCAGCGGAUGCAUCCUGAUGCGACGUUACCCCUACUCCGUCAAGCUAACCUCGUUCGAACUGACUACGGAUGUGUCCUCGGACGAAGUGCGGCGUGAAAUUGAGAAUCGUUACGGCAGCACAUCCUCGUCGCGUAACUCAAUGACCUCCUCCCAGAACGAUGAGUUAAAGAAGAUCACCACCUACGCACGGCUGAUCAAGAACGAUGAACAUUUUCUGCGCGACAAGUACCGCAAGCUGUCGUCGGAAAUUUGCGAAAACCGCUCCAAACCACACCACGGUGCGCAGCUUUCGUUCGGCGAUAGUUCGGGCUAUGAUUGUCGAGCAAGCAGAUUCCUGCCCUACUGCAAGGAGUAUCGGGAGAAGUUUUCCCUGUUCUACUACGUAGCACCGGAGCUGCUCAUUCCGAAGGCGAGCUUUGUAUAUCCAAGCAAGAGCACCGAUGUCUACUCGGUAGCGUUACUACUGUGGGAAAUUCUGAACGGGUACGUCCCAUUCGUCGUUUAUAACAGAGCCGAGCUGGAGAAAUUGCACACCUCCGCCGAUCUCCCGCUGCCAAUGUUCGAAAAGGAACGUUGUGAGCGCUUCCGGCAGAUUUUCGAAGGUGGACUAGGUGAUCUUAAUAGCAGGAAAAUCACCAUGGGUAAUGUGGUCGAUCUUCUGGACUGUUUACUGCUUGAGUUGGGUAUGGAGAAGAAUGGCACGUACGAUUGGUUGGCAGAGGAUUACGAGGAGCGUGCUAACUCGUCGGAAGUUCGACUGAAAAACGAGCUGAACGACGUUCGUAAACAGAGUGCACACAUUGAGAAAGCGGACAAGAUCUACUUUCACACCGAGGAAUCGGAGCUAGCCAAGGCACCCAAACAAUUCCCGAAGAAGCCGGUUAGAAAAAUCAACAAAACGAAAGCACCACCACAGCAGCAAGCACUAAAGCACCACGGCCAACGAUGGUCGGAUGUGCCCUCCAAGGAACGGACACAGAUCGUAGACAAAAAGUCACCACUCAGCUCAACCUUUAGUCUCUCUAACUCUGCGAUCUAUCAAACAAUCUUCGAUUUUAACAAUAAGUUCCUCUCGCCAAAAUCGUCCUCGAAGCAAGUUAUCUAUGACCGAACAAGCACGGUGAAGAAGCACAAGAAACCACCGCGUGCGAAUAAAAAGGCAGUAAAAGAGCUGUUCGACGUUAAGGAUCAGCUUAACAAGAGCUUUAUCGAACAAAACGAACCAGAUGGUGCUGGUGAGAUUGACAAUGGCAGACAGAACACCGCCUAUAUGGUUCCUAUCGAACUGCAAAAAGCGAAUUCGUCUACAAAUUCAUUAGCACACGUGAUUGCUGAUGAACCACAAGUAAACCAAGAGCCCAUUCGACCGUCUUGUAGCGAUUCGGAGGAAAAGGGUACGCCACUGCAACGUGAUCAUCCGUCAAAGUCGUGCGACAGCUCACCGGGUACAAGGCGCCGUAGUAUUACACCGAAGCUCAACAACUCAUUCCGCUUCACAAUUGGAGAUUUUACCCUGCCCGACACGCCAAUAGCACGCAAAAACAAAAUACGGAAGCACGCCUGGCUAUCUGACCAGAAGCUGAAAAUUGCAGAUGAAUCACAGCCCGCGACACCAGAGGAUUGUCGUAGCAAAUCCUUCUUCAACGCGGGACUGGCAACUCGCAGUGGUUCCUUCCUUACCUCGACCAACCUGAACUGCUCCACAUCACUGCAGGACAUCAAGCCGAAACGUAUCAACAUUAGCGUUAACAUUAUCCGCUCACCGGAGACACGCACUACGGUUACGGUGCAGAAGAACUGCACGCCGAAGCUGAUCGUUAACGGAGGUUCUCCGUUUGAGGAUACGCUUUGGAAAAAGGAGAAACUUAUCUGCGAACGUAGUCAACUGCCUGCGUCAGAUGAAGCGAAAGAAGCAACACAAGACACGUGCAGUUCCGACACGGCAGAGCAGAAGUCAGAUGUGAAUGCCGCAGGGUCCUUGGACGAUUCCUUGAGUGUCGUAACUGCUCAUCUUUCUUCGGUGCGAGACGUCAUUAAGAAGAUUGAAACAGAAUUUGAAAAGACUGGGUUCGACUAUAGUCCGAUAAGAAAGAUGGACGGCAGUGGAAAGAAACAGACGAACGAGGGAAGCUCAAGAAAAAGUGCAGAAGGAUCGUUGGUGAUAGAGGAGAAUCUACUCGUUCCUACCAAAGUGCUCGAACUGGAAAAGACACUCGAAGCGGAGGAAACAUCCGCCAUGAGGGAAGCCGAUGAUGGGGAAACGAAAGAAUUUAAAUCUGAAAACGUUGAAAUCUCAUCGAAGCCAAUUCCAGCUCCUCCUCCAUCCCCUCCAGUGUCGAAGAAAUCCCCGAGUUUAGCUGUAACUCAUCUCAAUGUACUGCUGGCAAAUUCUCAAUCGAAACCAAAGGAAACACCAUCAGUAGGACCCACCAUUGAGGUGCAACAAUCAGUGGAAAUGGAAAGCAUUCCCGUACCGUCCACCGUUCCAGUGGCAUUCGCUCCAAACUCUCAACUAUUCCUUCGCCGAAAGGCACUGAACGCCGGUGCAAAUAGUGUAGCCAUCCACCAUCAGCAAACAGUCUACCGAGAGAGUGUCGUAUCCAGCACGGAACGGUUGGCAACGUUUGCAGAACCGUCGCUUGCGUCAACGACCACCACCACGACUACUUCAACGGCCGUACCACCGGGAAGUGCACGCAAGAAGAAGCUAACCACACGCGUUACGGUAAACAUGCGCAAAAUAUCACGCCGUGCUUCGGACAUUAGUCCGGCUUCUUCACGACCCAAUUCGGCCAAUCUGGACGAUGUGGAUCUUCCGUCGUCUGGAUGUAUCACGCCAACUGGUAACGUCCAGGGAUGCGGACUCGGCACCGUUCGACACUCUUGUGGCAAUGAGCUGUUGCGUGCCUUCUCCAAACUGAGACUGCUCGCACCGGAAGAGUCGGCAACGAAACCCACCGGUACCGACCAGAACGGACGAUCUGUUACACCAGUGUUUGUCGGUGCUGGGGGGGCGCAUCAAAUUGCUACCGGGGCAGCGAACAGGAUCGAACGUUUCGUGUGCUGUAACUGUGGUAACUCGAUGAUUCCGACAGACGGGCUUAAUGUGCCCACCGGAAGUCGGAUCGGCAUGUCAGCCGCCUUCGGCGAGAUGAACUUCCCGCGAGAAAGCUUUGUGUCCAUGUUUGAGCCCCCAUUGACACCAACACCUGGUAGCGCUAUGGCAAGCCGGUUUCACUCGAUGACUCCAUUCCAGAAAUCAACCGAAGAUCUUUACAUCGAUGAUGACUUUUGCCAAGGACUAAACCAUAUGGGAGCGAACAUGGAGUUGGUGGAACCGCUCGACGAAGGACAGUUCCUCGAUACAUACGGAUACGACAUUUACGCCACUGAGAUCUACCACGCGGAAGAAGAGGAGGAGGAGGAGGAGCAGGACGAUGGGGGCGAUGAGCAUUUUACAUUUCCAAAUCAACUCACAACACCUGUCGCUAGCACCGAAUGUACCGACGAUGAGGCAAAGUUUCUCGAAAAGUGUUCGAAACUCAAUUCGCAAACAUUAACGGCAGAAUUCGCUACUCUCGCAUCUCCGAUCGAUUGUGAAAUUCCGCGUCCAACAACUGCAGAAUCGGUGAACAAUGAGGAAAGCCAUGUCACAACCGCUGCAAACAGAACAGUGAACGAGCAGGCGUAUUUUGGAUUGUUGUAUAUAAGUUGGAAGGAAAAAGAUAAACAUAUCAUGAUAAAAAGCAAGACACUCGACUCUUACACGGGUUCGAACGAUUCAAUGCAUGUUUUCGGAAGUAAUCUUUAA